UUCGAAUCAAUGUCGACCGGAUCUUUUAAUUUUGCUGAGCUAUUUUUGCUCAUAAUAUUCAUCAUUGCCUGGAUUUUAUCAAUUACAAUGUUAGCAUUCAAUGGUAUCAUUUCGUAUGGAAUAACCAAAGAACAUAAAACAUUUAUCAAACAAGCAUCUAAAGUAUCACUUCGACAAACAGAGGUGCAAUCUGAUCGAUUGCUUAAUAUCGGAAUACCAUUGGAAUCUAAUAAGGACGAAUAGAAUUAAUUGAAUGCUUUUCAAUAAUAAUGUUAUAAGAAUUUAUUAUGAAAUAAAUUAGUUUAUUG